AUGCCGUCCGGAUCGUCGGGAUCGCGCGCGGGCUGGAGCGGCGGCGAGGACUACUCGCCCACGAUGGGCGCAGCUGCAGAGGACUCCUGGCUACCCCUCCGCGGGAGUGUCUACACGGGCAGCCUGGAUCGCGAGCUCCCGAUCGCGACGCGCCUCGGCGACGGUUCCGGCGUGCUCCCCGCGGUGCAAGACUCCCCCGGAGGCCUGAACGCCGCGUCAGGCCUCGGCGCGGACCUCCGCUGGGACCUCCCUCUGCUGCCGGGUCUCGGAGACCUGGUUGAUGUUGUUGACGACGACGUCGACGGCAGCGAGCCUCCGUCGGGCCGGCAGGAGCUGGUGGGAACGCAGAGCCCGUUCCCGGGCGCCGGCGGGUACGGGAGGGCGGCGACGUCGGACACGGCACCGGACGAAAGCGCGGUGUGCGCGGUGUGCCUGGAGGGGCCCGCGGAGAGCGGGCUGGUGCACAACAACGGGGUGCUGCACCGGUGCGUUUGCCGGGAGUGCGCGACGAAGCUCCGGGACGCCAAGGCGCGCUGCCCGCUGUGCCGGGAGGCAAUCCUUGCGGUAGUGCACAAGAUCGUCGAUUCUUCGAGCUAG